AUGUCCUAUUUCUCACGCCUAAGCCCUAUUCCAGCCUUCCCCGAAUACACGGGUCCGUACAAAGUCGGCACCGUCGAUGUCGAGAUCCCCGUUUCCGAACUUGAUGCGCCCAGCACCGCCCCCGAGGGUUCCGACAAGAUCCAUACCGUCCAGUAUCGCAUGUUCUACCCAGCGGUCCCCGAAUCGAACGAGAAGCGUAUCAGCUGGCUACCGAACCCUCAACGACAGCAUUUAGUAGCCUACACUAAAUUCUUGGGUAUCGGUCCCAUGCUCUCCGAGUUUCUCUCUUUUCUCCCACGACAUCUUCAUUAUACCACAAUUCCUGCCCACAAGAAUGCGAAGCUCCUCCAGCCUUCGACCGAGAACAAGCGAUGGCCUACGAUGAUCUUCUCCCACGGCUUGGGAGGUUGCCGAAACUCGUACUCCUACGUCGCCGGCUCUCUCGCCUCCCAUGGCAUCGUCGUAAUCUGCCCUGAGCAUCGCGAUGGCAGCGCUGUUGCCAGUUUCAUCCGCGUACCUGAGAAGCAAAACGAAACAAUCACAUCGAAUAGCCGAAUACAAGUGCACUACGAAAAGAUCUCGCACGAUGUCAGCCCCGAAGUCUACCAGGCCCGCGAGGCCCAACUCCGAAUUCGGUGCUGGGAACUCGGCCUAGUUCAUCAGGCCAUGCUUACCGUUGACCGUGGCAAUAAAUUGACUAACUUGAACCGAUCUACACCCAGCCUGGAUCAAUUUGUUGGUCAAUGCAACAUUCACGAGCCUGGCAGCAUCAUCUUUGCCGGACACAGCUUUGGAGCAGCUACCGUUACUCAACUUAUGAAGAGCACGUAUUACGCCGGUGUUCCUGAAGCUGCUACUAUCCAAAAGCCUAUCUUUGCUCCCACCCAAGGUAGUGAUAUCACAAAGCAGAUUACCGAGAAGACCCUCACAAUGCUACUCGACAUGUGGUGCAUGCCCUUGAUGGCUCCCAACUCAAAGCCUCUGUUCGAACUGCCGCUACCUGUAUAUGCCGACAAAACUACUGCUCCUGGUGGCAAGGCCAUCUUGGCAGUUGAAUCGGAGCAUUUCUUCAAGUGGGGAGACCAUCUUAACCUCAAGGCUCGCGUCCUGAGCCCUGAUCCCACCGCCAACGUUGUGGCUCCUCAACUGUUCGAGCGGCCUAGCGGAAUCAAGAUGUCGGAGCCAAACUUCUUCUACGUCAUCAACUCUGCUCAUCUGAAUCAGUCCGACUUUGGAAUCCUGUUCCCUUGGUUGACGCAGAAGAUCUUCAAGGCAGAGCAGCCUGAACGAGCACUCCGUCUGAACCUCCGGGCACAACUUCAAAUGCUUCGUGAGAACAACGUUCCUGUCGGCCGUACCUUCGAGGGAGAUCUCGUUGACGGAACGUCUUUUGAUAAGCUUGAAAAGUUCAACCAAGAAAAGGGUGAUUCAUGCAAGGAUGGCAUCAACGACGACCAGGCCAUCUUCGACACGAGCGGCAACAACCCUGUUGACUUCUGGCGAUGGAUUGACGUCAUUGGCCUCGGCGAAUCUAGCGGUAAGAAGACGACCGAGAAGAAGGUGGAAGAGGGCCAAGAGGAUAUGAAGGGCGAACUUGACCCUAGUGAUGAAGUGCCUGGAGCACCACCCUCCAUCACCCGAGCUAUGAGCGCUACUGCAGCAUAA